AGACUGUCACACACUUGCACCUGGUUAAAUCCCUGGCAGAGGCAGGGUCUAUUCCCAGAAGAGUGAAUCAACAGAAAGUGAUUUUUUUUUCCAUGCAAGAUUGAAAAGGGGAGAGACUCAGACACAUGCUACAACAUAGAUGGAACUGGAAGACACCAUGCUCCUAGCACCUGCUUGCUGAGUUUUGCUGAAUGAACAGGAUGGAGGUUACAAGCUGACUGGAGAUGGAGGCAUUCCUGAACGUCCCUCCGAGAAGGUUGGAGUAUAAAGAGAAUAAACAAAGCAGUGUCCACAGUGUGGGCUGGAAUACCUGCCCUCUGGUAACAGCAGUUACCAGCUCUUCCAGCUCUCUGGAUUUUCAAAGUCAGAAGGGAACACUGAGCUUUGGGGAAGCGCUUGAGGCUAUCUUCCUGUGAUCGACAAUCAACAUCUAGGACUGGGCAGAGUUUGGUUCCAGGGUGACUGAGUUUAAAGCCCCUGGGCAGCGCCAUUCAUACCACGGGUCAGGGAUCCGACCCGGAUUGAAUGCGAAGAAGGAAGCCGGCUGAGCGGCAGCGUUCAUUGCUCGCCACCUCCUGACUGUUGAUGGAAUGUGACCAGCUGCCCCAAGCUCCUGUCCUCCUAACUUCCCCACCACGACAGAUCGGACCCUUGAACUGAGGAACAGGCAUGUUUAAGGAGCUCGGUAUGGAAGGUAGGUGGGCUGUGCUAAGCAUUGUCUUUCUGCUACUUCUUAAGGAGGUGCUUCUGUGAGGAUCAGGGAGGAGGGAGCGAAACUCUGUGAUCCUGCCGGAGCCACUGACUAAGAUGCCAUCUAUGCCAUCGACUGCCCCAAGCCUCUAGUCCUAUGUCCCCAGCCGAGGUUCCCACCACUGUGUUCUCUCCGCUCCCCCCCCCCCCGACCUGCCAGCCAGAAAAUGACCUGAAGUGACCCAGGGCAAGAACUCCUCAUGGACCAGUCAAAUAUGACAUCCCUCGCUGAAGAGAAAGCCAUGAAUACCUCCAGCAGAAAUGCCUCCCUGGGGAGCUCACACCCACCGAUUCCCAUAGUGCACUGGGUCAUCAUGAGCAUCUCCCCUCUGGGCUUUGUGGAGAACGGGAUCCUACUCUGGUUCCUCUGCUUCCGGAUGAGGAGAAAUCCCUUCACGGUCUACAUCACCCACUUGUCCAUUGCUGAUAUGUCUCUUCUGUUCUGUAUUUUUAUUCUGUCCAUUGACUAUGCUUUAGACUAUGAGCUCUCUUCUGGCCAUUACUACACAAUUGUGACGUUGUCGGUGACUUUUCUAUUUGGCUACAACACGGGCCUUUAUCUGCUGACAGCCAUCAGUGUGGAGAGGUGCUUAUUGGUCCUCUACCCCAUCUGGUACAGAUGCCACCGCCCCAAGCACCAGUCGGCAUUCGUCUGUGCCCUUCUGUGGGCACUUUCGUGCUUGGUGACCACCAUGGAAUACGUCAUGUGUAUUGACAGCGGAGAAGAGAGUCACUCUCGGAGUGACUGCCGGGCGGUCAUCAUCUUCAUUGCCAUCCUCAGCUUCUUGGUCUUCACUCCACUCAUGUUAGUGUCCAGCACCAUCUUGGUGGUGAAGAUACGGAAGAACACGUGGGCCUCCCAUUCUUCGAAGCUGUACAUCGUCAUCAUGGUCACCAUUAUCAUAUUCCUCAUCUUUGCCAUGCCCAUGCGGGUCCUCUACCUACUGUACUACGAGUACUGGUCAGCCUUUGGGAACCUGCAUAACAUCUCCUUGCUUUUCUCCACCAUCAACAGCAGCGCCAACCCUUUCAUCUACUUUUUUGUGGGCAGCAGUAAGAAGAAGCGUUUCAGGGAGUCCUUAAAAGUGGUCCUUACCAGGGCUUUCAAAGACGAAAUGCAACCCAGGCGCCAGGAGGGCAACGGCAACACUGUAUCCAUUGAGACGGUGGUCUGAGGACAGCGGGGGAAAUUGUGCACAGAAACAGUGGAAUGCCGGUGGCUUUUAGUUUGUGCAUGGAAUGCAAUUUAAGUCCAUUUAAAUCUCCUACCUAUGAUACAGAGGGAAGCAUUCUACAUGCAUGGGGGGUCAUGCACUGAUGAGUUUGUAUUGUUACCUAUAUAUGUGAUAUGAUGGGCUCUGCCUUUUCUAUCGUUAUCAAAGACUCAUUCUUCUCGUAGCUGUCUGGUAGUGAUCAACAGUGAACUAUAAAGACUGCUCUAGCAGGAAGUAUCCCAAAUGUGACCUGGAGAACCUGGGGAGGCCAUGUAAUGACGGCUGUGUGCGCCUAUGUGUCUUCAGGCAAGUGGCUUUGGGGAGCCUGGUUUCCUCCACUUAGUGGAAGUAAUGACAGUCUAUAGCUCAGGUAUUGUCUAGUCUGAUGAAGUAGGCAAAGCACCCAGCUCAUUGUCAAAGUUCAAUAAAUAUCCAUCUCUCCUCGUCCUUUAACUAGAA